AUGCCCUUCAAAAUUGGGAUCAUGGGUGGAUCUGGUUUGGAGGAUCCACAAAUUCUGCACAAUGUAAAAGAAGUGGAACUGACUACCCCCUAUGGCAAGCCAAGCGAUAAGUACAUAGUAGGUACCAUUGGCGAUGUGGAUUGCAUACUCCUUGCUCGCCACGGUCGCAAACACAAUAUCAUGCCCUCAGAUGUGAACUUCCGAGCCAACUUAUGGGGAAUGCACAACUUAGGAGCGUCCGUAAUAAUUGCAACUAUUGCUUGCGGCUCACUCCAGGAAAAUGUGAAACCCGGCGAACUCGUGUUUCCGGAUUCAGUUUUUGACCGAACCACAGGGCGAAAAAGCACAUUCUUUGACGGGUCUAAUCCACAGGCACCUGGUGUAUGCCAUAUACAGAUGCACCCUGCUUACAAUGAGAAACUACGAAAGGUACUAUACUCACUGGGCCGGAUCUGCCUGCCACCUCAAAGCUCCAAUUUUCAUGACAACGGUAUCUGCAUAGAAGGGCCUAGAUAUUCGUCAAGGGCCGAAAGUCGAAUAUUCCGCUCGUGGGGAGCAAACCUCAUCAACAUGACUAUGAUGCCCGAGUGCGUCCUUGCUAAAGAACUCGGUAUUCCGUAUGCCACAACUGCCUUAGUCACUGACUAUGACUGCUGGAGAGAAGACGAACAGCAGGUGUCCAUGGAGUUAGUUAUGAAGACGUUCCACGAGAAUUCUCACAAAGCGAAAAAUCUGUUCAUUGAGGCAGUGAAACGAAUUGCCAAAGAAGACUGGAAAGAUGAAAUUGCGAGGCUGAAGAAGUGCUUAGCAGAUGCGGUUAUGGUAGCGACGAAGUCACUAUUCCUCAUCUUGUCGUUUGAAAGAGUCCUAUAA